AACGCCCGAGGCUCUGGAUCACGCAGCCUGCGACCCUCUUUUCCCGGCGCACCGGAAGAAGACGGCCGUCUUCGUUACAUCGCAGCCAUGGCUCGUGGUCCCAAGAAGCAUCUGAAACGUUUAGGGGCUCCGAAGCAUUGGAUGCUGGAUAAACUGACCGGAGUGUUUGCUCCUCGGUCCUCUACCGGUCCCCACAAGCUGAGAGAAUGUCUCCCCGUCGUCAUUUUCCUGAGAAACAGACUUAAGUAUGCCCUGACGGGAGAUGAAGUAAAGAAGAUCUGCAUGCGGCGGUUCGUCAAGAUUGAUGGCAAGGUGCGCACUGAUGUAACCUACCCUGCUGGUUUUAUGGACGUCAUCAGCAUUGACAAGACUGGAGAGAAUUUCCGUCUGAUCUAUGACACCAAGGGUCGCUUCGCUGUUCAUCGUAUUACGCCUGAAGAGGCCAAGUACAAGUUGUGCAAAGUGAGAAAGACCUUUGUGGGCCCGAAAGGAAUCCCUCAUCUGGUGACCCAUGAUGCUCGCACCAUCCGCUACCCUGAUCCUCUCAUCAAGGUGAACGACACCAUUCGGAUCGACUUGGAGACUGGCAAGAUUACUGAUUUCAUCAAGUUCGACGCUGGGAACGUGUGUAUGGUGACCGGAGGUGCUAACCUGGGAAGAAUUGGUGUGAUCACCAACAGAGAGAGAUACCCUGGCUCUUUCGAGGUGGUUCAUGUGAAAGAUGCCAACGGCAACAGCUUCGCCACCCGGCUCUCCAACAUUUUCGUCAUUGGCAAAGGCAACAAACCGUGGAUUUCCCUUCCCCGUGGAAAGGGCAUCCGCCUCACCAUUGCUGAAGAGAGAGAUGUGAGACUGGCAACCAAACAGAGCAGUGGCUGAAAUGAUGUCUGGUGACAUGCUUAGAAGAGUCUUUGUACUUAUUUAAAACUAAUACAGCAUGAAAAAAAAAGAUCCAUUUUUUAAAAUGGUGAGAAUCUAGUAAUAAAUAGCUUUGGAAGAAA